AUGACCAUCCAGACCUUCUCUAACAACACCCACAUGGACAUUGUUUACAUCACCGGUGCCAUAGUGGUGGUUAAUCAGGCCGGGAAACUCCGGUUUAUCUUCACUGGUCCUCCUUCUAGUACCAAGAGGUCGUUUAAACCGUACGGUAUUACAACAGACAGCCAAGGUAGGAUCCUGGUAGCAGACGGGGACAAUCAUCGAAUCCACGUCAUAGAACAGGACGGACAGUUCCUUCGCUUCAUUGACAACUGUGAUUUACAGUGUCCAUGGGGUUUAUAUGUGGACGCCAGAGACAACCUUUUUGUGGUUGAGAGUACACAACGUAAACUAAAGAAAAUCAAAUAUUGCAACUAA